AUGGUGCAAGGUGGUGUGAGGCUAUACGAUUACCUCUUCAAGCUACUCCUCAUCGGCGACUCCGGUGUGGGCAAAUCAUGCUUGCUUCUGCGAUUUGCGGAUGAUACUUAUACGGAGAGUUAUAUUUCGACCAUUGGUGUGGAUUUUAAAAUCCGAACAAUCGAGCUUGAUGGCAAGACAGUCAAACUUCAAAUCUGGGAUACCGCCGGCCAGGAACGCUUUCGAACCAUCACCUCUUCCUACUACCGCGGCGCACAUGGCAUCUGUGUUGUCUACGAUGUGACCGAUAUGGAUUCCUUCAACAAUGUUAAACAAUGGCUGCAAGAGAUCGACCGCUACGCGACUGAAGGUGUGAAUAAGUUGCUUGUGGGCAAUAAGAGCGAUAUGGAGGAUAAAAAGGCGGUUGAGUAUACCGUUGCUAAAGAAUUCGCCGACAGUCUUGGAAUCCCAUUCCUCGAGACUUCUGCCAAGAGCGCGUCGAAUGUCGAGCAAGCUUUCUUGACCAUGGCUAGACAGAUCAAGGAACGCAUGGGCACGGCGACUGUCAACAACAAGCCUACUGUGCAGGUUGGGCAGGGGCAGGGCGUGCAAUCUGGCUCUGCGGGCGGAUGUUGCUAAAGCGUCUGUUCUAACCGGAGUUGGUGUUCGUACUGGGAAUGGGAGGUGUGUGAGGGUGGCGGUAUCUAGCGGUGAUAUCAGUCAUGCGCUGAUGGGAUAUAUGGGAUGAAAUGAUUGUGAUAUGCUAUGAGAUUCUAUUUGUCUCUUUCCCCGCCUCCCCUGCAUUGCCGUUUACAGAUCACUGUCAAAUUUCCCUGCCUGGCAUAAAGCUGGAACUGGAGCUGGAAAACGCCUUGUCCACCAUGGACCGAAGCGAACGAAAAGAAAAUAGUGAUAUUUUCUGACUUUGUUGCCAAUACAUAAACCAAGGGAUUCGGAAAUGAUUCUUUUUUAAACCGGGAUUUGCGGGUUUUUUUGAUUGUCAUGUCGUCGAGCAAGCUGGCAUUGGACCC